GGGCCAGUUCUGCCGGGGUUGGGGCCGUAGGGCUGUUUUUGCACCGUGGCCUCGGCACGCCCUGGAACAAGCACCCGUUUGCCUUGGCGGGGACAGGUUGGACAGCCCAGGAGGGGGUGGGCGCCGUGAGCCCAGCCCAGCGGAGGAGGGUGGAAGGGCCGUUCCCCCAGCCUGCCCCCCCCGUCCGCGGGGCCCUUGAGGCAGAGGCAGAGCGAGCGAAGGUCCCUGCAGUGCUCCGUGCAGCUCUGACGCCCGUCCGUGCUCCCGCAGCUCCGUGUGCCGGGGAGAUGCCGGCCAGGCCCCGCUGCCAGCGCUGCUGCCGGGGCUGGGGGUGCCCAUGAGGCCGGCCGGGCACAGCUGGGGGGUCGGGCCGGGCAGCGGCAGCUCCAGCGAAGCGGCAGCGAGGGGAGAGCCCGGCCAUGGAGUUCACAGUGAUCGACUACAGCAUCUUCGCCCUGCUGCUGGUGCUGUCCUCGGCCAUCGGGCUGUUCUAUGCCCUGAGCGGGGACCGGCAGCGCACGGUGCAGGAAUUCCUCCUGGCCAACCGCAACAUGAGCUUCUUGCCAGUCGCCCUCUCCUUACUGGCCACCUUCCAGUCGGCCGUGGCCAUCCUGGGUGUACCGGGUGAGAUCUACCGUUAUGGAACCCAGUACUGGUUCCUGGGCUGCUCCUACCUGCUGGGGCUGCUCAUCCCGGCCCACGUCUUCAUCCCCAUCUUCUACCGCCUGCGCAUCACCAGCACCUAUGAGUACUUGGAGCUGCGCUUCAACAAGACUGUGAGGGUGCUGGGGACUGUCACCUUCAUCUUCCAGAUGGUCAUCUACAUGGGAGUGGUCCUCUACGCGCCUGCACUGGCUCUCAAUGCAGUGACAGGCUUUGACCUCUGGAGUGCAGUGCUCACUAUGGGACUGGUCUGCACGCUCUACACCACAGUGGGUGGGCUGAAGGCCGUCAUCUGGACUGACGUAUUCCAGACACUGGUGAUGCUGGCGGGGCAGCUGGCUGUCAUCGUGGUGGGUGCCCGGCGUGUGGGCGGCAUGGCCCGUGUCUGGCACCUGGCCCACCAGGAGGGCAGGGUCUCUGGCAUCAACCUGAACCCUGACCCCUUUGAGCGGUACACCUUCUGGACACUGUCGGUGGGGGGGAUCUUCAUGAUGCUGUCGCUGUACGGGGUGAACCAAGCGCAGGUCCAGCGGUACCUGAGCGCCCGCAGCGAGUGGGAGGCCAAGCUCUCCUGCUAUGCUGUGUUCCCCUGCCAGCAGCUUGUGCUCUGCCUCAGCUGCCUCACCGGCCUCGUCAUGUUUGUCUACGACCGUGAGCACCCACUGGCACCCACCAACCGCCCCAGCGCCUCUGACCAGCUGGUGCUGUACUUCGUGAUGGACGUGCUGCAGGACCUGCCUGGGCUGCCUGGACUCUUCGUCGCCUGCCUCUUCAGCGGGUCCCUGAGCACCAUCUCCUCUGCUUUCAACUCGCUGGCCACAGUGACCAUGGAGGACUUGGUGCGGCCCCGCUGCCCUGGGCUGUCGGAGUCACGGGCCACGCUGCUUUCCAAGCUGCUGGCUUUCGGUUAUGGGUUGCUGUGCCUGGGCAUGGCUUAUGUCUCCUCCAUGCUGGGUCCCGUGCUGCAGGCAGCCAUCAGCAUCUUCGGCAUGGUGGGGGGACCACUCCUGGGUCUCUUCUGCCUGGGCAUGUUCUUCCCCUGCGCCAACCCCACGGGUGCUGUUGUGGGGCUGCUGGCUGGCCUGGCCAUGGCCUUCUGGGUGGGCAUUGGCAGCCUGCUGCACACCGGGGGGGGUGCCAGGGGGGCCCCUCCACCCAACAGCACCAUGCUGCCCCCCGAUAGCAACCUCACCACCCUCCUUGCCACCACACUUCUGCCCCCCACGCCAGCUCCCUGCAGAGGGCUGCAGAAGUUCUACAACUUGUCCUACAUGUGGUACAGUGCCCACAACUCCACCACCGUCAUCCUGGUGGGGCUCUUGGUCAGCUUUCUUACCGGUGAGUGGGGGGGGUGGAGGGGACUGCUGGCAGGAACCCCCACUCACCCCCCACUUUGCCCCCUCAGGCCCCACACCAGCAGGAGCCGUGGACCCCCGCACCAUUUACCCCGUCCUGCCUCGCCUGCUCUGCUGCCUGCCCCCCAAGUGCCGGCGGGGGCUUUGCUGGGGGGGGGGCUCCCCUGCCCAGCUCUCUCCCGGCAGGAUGCCGACCCUAUGGACACGGCAGCGAAGACCAACGGGGUGGCCGGCGGGCUGCCCCCCCCCGGGCGGCCAGAGGAGGAACAGGGCUACAUCCGCAGGGCUGCGGCCCCCUCCUACACCCUGCAGGAAACCUCCUUCUGAGCCCCCCUCCCGGGGUUCUUGGCACCCCUGUCUGGGGGACACAGACCCCGUGGAACGGAGGGCACGAACACCCUGGGACAGGAGAUGUGG